AUGGACCGUUUCCGGAUGAUUUUCCAGUACUUCCAGUCCAACUCGGAGUCUGUAAUGAAUGGCAUCUGUGGGCUGUUAGCUCUGGCUAGCGUAAAGAUGUAUACCUGCUUUGACUUCAGCUGCCCCUGUCUGCCCCAGUACAACAUGGCAUACGGCUUGGGGAUCAUGUUCGUACCCCCCGUUGCCCUCUUCCUGUGUGGACUUAUUCUCAACAGACAAUCCCUGGUGAUGCUGGAGGAGUGGCGGCGACCACAGGGGCUCAGAAAGAAGGACCUAGCUGUCAUCAGGUACAUGUGUUCCUCCAUCAUGCAGCGAGCCAUGGUUGCCCCUAUCAUCUGGAUCGUAGUCACCCUCCUGGAUGGGAAAUGCCUGAUCUGCGCUUUCAGUGGCUCUGUGGAUCCCGAGAAGUUUGUGGGCUUUGCCAACGCCAGUCCAGUGCAGGUGCAGCAGCUGCUGGCCAAGGUGCCCUGCAAGGAUGACGAGCUCAUGAGGAACAACACGUCCCACAAGGCAGUGUCCAGGUACCUGCGCUGCUGGUCCCAGGCACUCGGCUGGAGCAUUUUGUUGAUCCUUAUCGUAGCAGCUUUCCUUGCCCGCUGGCUCAGACCUUGCUUCAACCAGGCCACCCUCCUGCAGGCACGUCACUGGAGCAACUACAUUGACAUCGAGCAAAAGAUUUUUGAGGAAACUUGCUGUGAGCACAGUCGGCUCUUUGCUCACAAAUGCAUUCACCACUUCUUUGAAAGCAUGCGGCAAGAGAUCAAACUGCACAGCCUCAGCUUGCCUAGGGAAGGAGAGGGGGCUGAAGGAGAGGAAGAUCUUCUCCAGGGCAUCACAGAUCAGGACCAGGUGAAUAAACUUCUGAAAAUGUGGUAUUAUGAGAAACCUCCCCUGGAUGUCAGCCAGGCAACCCAGAGGCAUCCUCUGGGGCGAGAGAGAUCCCCUCUGCCCUGGGCAGACAACCCCAGUACCCAGUCCAAAUUCCCCCAGCACACGGAGGUGUAA